CAUGGGCACCAUGAACAGGCAGCUAAAGCUACCCCAGAUCCAGAAGAUCAUGAUGGAGUUUGAACGGCAAGCAGAGAUCAUGGACAUGAAAGAGGAAAUGAUGAACGAUGCUAUUGAUGACGCCAUGGGUGAUGAAGAUGAUGAAGAGGAGAGUGAUGCUGUGGUGUCCCAAGUACUGGAUGAGCUGGGAUUGAGUUUGACAGAUGAGUUAUCAAACCUCCCGUCCACUGGUGGCUCACUCAGUGUGGCCGCAGGUGGGAAAAAAGCAGAAGCUGCAACCUCUGCCCUGGUAGAUGCUGACGCAGACCUGGAGGAAAGGCUCAAGAACCUGCGAAGGGACUAACAGUCCAAACCCCAG